UCUUGGAGACUCUGAGUUCUCUCUCACAAGUCACAACUUCGUUUUAUGUGAUCGCUCCUCUCCUCUCGACUGUUAAUAUUUGUGAUAUUUUCUAAUCUUCAGUGAUGUUAUAAGACAUUUGAAAUAGAAUGGGGAUCUAUCCAAACGGUUAUCUUGAACUGUUUGGUCGUUCGAUGCAUGAAUGAAGUGUGUGUUGCGACUUAGAGAACCAACAUUUUAACGAAUAUGCUGUGAUGAUGAAUCAUCAAUUUUGUCUAGCAUUUCAAGCCUUGUCUGGCAUAUUGAUUUCAGGAUUAGUCUUUGGUGUUCCUACUCCAGAGGAGCCAGCUAUUGUAUGCUAUGUGAACAAGGACCUAGCUCACAUUCCUGUUGAUCAAGAUAAAGAGGGGAUGUCAAAGAACUCUACAAAGCAAGUUUGUAGCAAGGGAAAUCAUAUAUCAUGCUACACUUUAUGGAAAGAAAUUAUAAAUCCACUAAAUAAUGCUACUGAAAUCUCCAUUCUAGCCAGAGGUUGCUGGGAAAGCUCUAGGCCUGAAGAAUGUAAUUCACAAGCAUGCAUAGCGAACGAUUGGCCUUCUCAGCAAGCCAACGACAAAAAGUUCUGCUGUUGCACUGGAAAUUUAUGCAACAGAAAUGUUUCAGUGGCCUUAUCUGCGCAUGCGCCAACUCUUCGCCCGUCUCCGUCCCAACAGACGCCGCAUGCGACCGUUUCUGAGUUAUCAGGAGAGGAUACACCCUUCUUUUUGAUCGUCGUCUGUAUUUCUUUAUCGCUUGUAAUAAUGAGUCUAAUAGCUUUAUGUACCCUUCAUUUUCUUUUUGACCGUUUAUUGCAUAAACCUCCUUUAUCCGACUCGGUUCGACUGGUUGAGAAUGGCCCAAGUGAACGACCCAUCAAACUCAUAGAAAUAAUCGGUCAGGGUCGUUACGGAUCGCUGUGGAAAGGCAUGGAUCGUGACGGACAGCUGGUUGCCGUGAAAGCGUUCCAGCCGCACUUGCGGCAGAUUUUCGUGAAUGAGCGCGACAUUUUCCAGCUGCCAUUCAUGAGUAUUCCGGCGCUGGUUGCCUACUACGGCUAUCAGGAAUCGGCAACGCAACUCGACCUGUUGCUGUUGUAUUGCGGACUCGGUUGUCUGCAAGAUUACCUCAAGACGCACACACUUGACUCGACUGUUUUCUGUCGCAUGACUUCGUCUAUUGCCAGGGGACUUGCUCAUCUACACACCGAAAUACGGCAAGGAAAUAAAGUCAAACCGUGCGUAUGCCACCGAGAUCUGAAUACAAGAAAUAUUCUGGUCAAAGAUGAUCUCAGCUGUUGUCUGUGUGAUUUUGGACUAGCCGUUCAAGUGGGCAAUGUUGGAAGAGGUGACGACUCUGCCAGAAAAUCGAUCAGUGAUGUUGGAACACUGCGUUACAUGGCUCCUGAAGUGUUGGAAGGAGCAGUCAACCUGAGAGACUGUGAAUCAUCGCUGAAGCAAAUCGAUGUCUAUGCUGCCGGUCUGGUAUUAUGGGAACUAGGAACCAGAUGUCAGGACCUUUUUGUUGAUAAUGCCACUGUAGUGCCAUAUGCAUUGCCAUUCCAAGAAGAAGUUGGUUUGCAUCCAAGCUUUGAGCAGAUGCAGGUAAUGGUGUCCCGCAACAAAGCGCGUCCACUGUUCCCUGCACUGUGGAAGGACUGGCGUGAUUACGGCGCUGUUCGCCUACUGAGAGAGACUAUCGAAGACUGCUACGAUCAGGAUGCGGAGGCUAGGCUUACGGCGCUCUGCAUUGAGGAACGUCUUGCUGACCUGACUCAACUAUUACAAAAAGAAUCUCAUGGAAAUUAUCCUUUCAAUUUGGGUGCUCAAAUUGUCAGCUACAAUAAUUCAGUUACUACCACCAAUACAUUGGCUCCUGAUGAUACAGUUGAAUCAAAUUUAUCUGAAGGAACAAUUGAAACUCUAUUAACCAAUAGUCCAUCGGAGUGCACAGAACCUUCUCCUGGCUAUGCAUGGAAAGAUUCAAACAGUAGGGUUGUGGUUAAUCCUAUCAUUCAACCACAUCAGGGGCGCAAUCCUUGCUUGGAGCGGAAUCUUUUUGUUGGUGAAGAUAAUCAGGAGGCUGAUGCUGUACCAUUAGUGGAGAGGUCGAUGAAACAUCAGAAUCAGCCUUGCUUGUCACCGUUUGUGCUUAAGCCGAACAAUGUGCCCCCACCAGGGUUCAUACGCAAACUCCUACACACGAAGAAGUCGAAUAUACUACAUGCCAAUGAGGAUUGCUCCAGUAAUACGGCGUUGAAGGUGACCGUUUCUCCAUUUGAGAAGCACCAGGGCAGUAGCAGCAACACCAGUAACAGCACUAGUAGACCCACCAGCCUGCCCCUGGAGCUGGGUGAACAGCAGACGGUGAGACAACAGCUGUCAGCACGCAUCAAGACACCGGGUGAUGUUCCACCGUCUGUCAGACGCAAGUCGCGGGCGGCUCGGCUCUCUCUCUACGACGAUCGUAUCAUGGACCAGUCAGCUGCUAGUUUCUGAAAACCUGUUCAUAGCUGAUUGGUAUUUGUGAAGCGACAAGUGUGGCAACACAAUACUUGCAAAAACAGAUAGAAUAUUAACUACCGACUGUUGAGUUUGGCACAUAAGCUGUUUGUACAAAGAGCUUACUUCUCAGAAGCGAUAUGAGGGUCAUCCGGAAAAUAGCACCCGUUUGAGAAUAAUAAAGUAUCAUAUUAACAAUUAUUUGCAUGUUUAUUGUAAAGUUCAUACAUUUAACAAUCUAUUUCUCUACAUAAUAUCCUAGCAAAUUUUGAUUUUUUUAUCAUAACGUAUAUUAAAACCCAGAUUCAUUAUUCUUAGUUUUCAAAAGAAUAGGAAAAAUAUGAUAAUUGCAAACAAAUUACAUUUUGAUUUCUGUUAUUUAAAAAAAAUGUUUAUCUCUAUUUUAAUCCUUCCCCAUGUAUAAAUAUUACUGGGAAUAAACAUUUAUUGUAUCACAUGUUCUCUGAAAUCCAAAAUGUAUACUAUCAGUAUGACAGCUAUACAUCAAUCGAAUAUAAAACAUUUCAUAUUGGUUUUUGGCUCUGCAUAUAACUGGGAAAUUGUUUGUUGUUUCAAAUUUUAAUUUUAUGUGCUCCAGAUUUCAACAAUUCAUUUUGAUUACCACAGCCUACAACAAGUAAAAGCCAAUGGUGCAUGUUCAUCAAAUAUUUUGUAUUCGUUUGAUGUAUGGAUUUCAUAAGGUAUACCUUUUUAUGAAUUACUGAAAGAGGGCAUAUCUACACUGACAGCGGCGGAAGAUUAGUAACACAAUAACCCGUCACAUGUUAUGAUAAAUGCCUAAAUUUGCUUGUAGAUUAUUCAGAGAGGUAUGUACUUUCCAUAAAAAAUGUAUAUAAUUGUUAAUAUGUACUUGCUACUUUUUAUCCAUUCCCAAACGGGUACUAUCUUCUGUAUGACCUUCGUUGAAUGUGAAUCACCGUCUAUCGAGUUUGGCAUAUUAGCUUUUUGCAAAGUGUGCUAAUAAAAUAUAAGUCAAAAGAGAUAGAAUGUGAAUUGUCAUCGUCUAUCGAGUUUAGCAAAACGUUUUCGCUCUCGUUGCACAUACAAUUUUUCCCACCACUAUUGAUUAUCGAAUAAUCAUAAAUUAUUAUUUACUGAUAGAGAACUUUUGUACAUUUUAUAGGUUAGAUUGACAAAACAGUUUAAUCAGUUUAACAGUUUUUUCAGUUUUAAUUUGAAUGUUUAAAAGUCGACAGUUUAACAGUUUUUUUUUCAGUUUUAAUUUGAAUGUUCAAAUGUCGAGACAGAACAUUAAGGUCUAUGUGUAUUUCAUACCCCUCAAACCCCAUGGAAAUUUUGGUCACCAUCUGAAAUUAUAUUCUGGCAAAUUCCUUAGCUACGACUCUAGUCACUUAGCUACUCUAUGGUUCUAGUCAAUCAACAGCAACCAAUAGCAGCCGCGCUGCUAGAAUCGUAAAGUCGUCGCUAAGUAAGACCCUUAAGCCACUGAUCAUGGUUAAAUUUCAUAUAAUGUUGGUGUAAUCAAGUGGGCCCUAGAAUUGUAGAUGAUAAAUCAAGAGUAUCAAAUAUUUGAUUAUUGAUUUCAUUAUCGAUGUACGACCCACUUGCAAAGUCAAUAGAGUACGGCAAUCAGCUGUUUUGUGAACAUAUAACAGAUGAGUGAGUAGCUUUCCAAUCGGGUGGUGGGAAAAAUAUUAUUAAUUGUUGAUUUCUUCUUUGAAAUCUAAUAUUUCGAGUACAAAUUAAACUUAGUAUGUGGGCUCUUUUCAACUAUGAGGGUAGGCUGAUGAAUAAUGAAAACUCAAUCAAAUGCUGGUUGAUCUACGUCUGAAAACUGCGCAGAAGUGUAUAGGAAAACAACACUGCCAUAAGUCAUCAGGCGUGCUCAUAUUUCAAUAAGCUGUGGGGUUGCCAUGAUUCCGCUAAUAGAAUUCACUUGUUAUCAACAACUUGUAUUUCAUUCGGAUCUUCACGUUAUAGUCAGUCUAUAACAGUGGUUCCCAAUAGCUAAGGUUUGAAUGUCCGGCUUGAUGUUAGUGAGGUUCAACCGCAGGUCUCCUUUAAGGCAAAUGUCCAAUCUGUUUCUUUGCUUUGUGAGGAGCUGAAUCCUUUUUCACACAGAUAUGUUGAAGGGAAGGAUAUGAGGAGCGGCUCAACCUCUUUCCACAAUAGUGGAUAUAUCUCCAUCACCUCUAUCCAGGCUGAUUCAUACCCAUUCUGUUUGAAAUGGAUUUUCGCUUCACAGUUGUAUUUUAGAUCGAUGAAUUCUGCUUGUAUAUCUCCCUCAAGCUCAUCCUCGGCUUCAAAUGAAAACGGAUCCACCAUCAGGAAUCAAAUCAGGAAUUUGUAGUUCUAUCAAAUCAUUGAACCUAGAUUGCAUGUCACUUUUCAAUUGCUCAAGGUGCUCAGAGAAAAUUAAUAUUUUAUCAUCUGUGAUGUUCAAAAUUUGGCUGUCCUCCGUUAAACACUUUUGAAGGGUUAGAAAAUGUGUGAGCUCCUUACGGCUAAUCGUGGUCUUCUGGAUGUUCAACUUGGCAAUGAAUGAUGAACAUAUUCCCAUGGCUUUAAUAAGAGUAAUCUUGUUUCCCUGAAGCUUCAUGUUUACUUCAUUUAUUUUUUCGAGGAUAUCUGUUAGAUAUGCGAUUUCUAACUUAUUCAUUUUCAAACUCUCACUUAAUUCUUCAUCACUUUUAUUGAUUAAUUCAAUCACUGAAUCAAAUGAUUCAUAGAACCGGCGCAGACAAUUUCCUUUUGAAAGCCACCUCACAGAUGUGUGCAGAAGCAGCCUCUCAAAGGCCUCAUCAUUCUCAUGACAAAGUUCGCGAAAUAACCUGUCAUUAAGUGAAUUUCUCUUUAUUCAGUUUACGCAAGUGAUAACUAAAUGCAGGGUCUCAUGAAGAAAUCCACUCAACUACUUUGCAACGAGAUGAUGACGAUGAAUCACGCAGUGGGUGGUUAUGAUGUCUGCAACUUCUUUUUUUAGAUGAGCAAGGAUCCCGGAAUGACGUCCUGUCAUUGCAGGAGCACCAUCGGUAGAGCACGCACUUAUAUUCGCCAAGGGAAUAUUUUUCUCCUCAGAAUAGUCUUUUACAACUUUAAAAAUCGACGAUCCCUUUGUGUCAGAAUUAAGAGAUUUUGCAAAGAGCAUUUCCUCGGUCAUUUCUUUCUCUUCAUUGAUGAAUCGAACAUACGAUAACAAAAUAGCUCUGUUAUCAGAAACUGUUGACUCGUCAAUUUGUAGCGAAAAUUUAGUUCUUUUCAAUAUUUUAAUAAGUUUUUCUUCAACAUCUGCAGCCAUUUCAUCGAUUCAUCGUGAAACAGUGUUGUUACUCAGAGGAAGUGCUUGGCUUAUUCUAUUGCUGGAGCCCACACCAAGCAUUAUUUCAAUAAUUUUCUUAGCUGCCGGAAGAAUAAGACUUUGGCCGAUCAUGUGUGGUUUUCCAGUCUUCGCAAUAAGCAAGGCGACUUCAUAUGAUGCAAGCAGUCAUUUGUCGAGAUCGGUUAAUUGUUUUUUUGAAUAGUUGAUUCACUCGUGGCCGAUUUUCAAGUUUGGUUUUGAGAUUUUGAAAGAACGAAAUUGGCUUGUUCGCUUUGUCACUGUGCAGUCUUGUCAAAUUAUCUUUCAUUCGUGAAGGCUUCAUAGCUUCAUUGCUCGAAAAUGUUUUAUCACAAAGAAUACAAUGUGGAAACUGAAUUGUGGUGCCCUGUGAACAUUGGGCAGAGUGUGCUAAGUGCAUAAAAAAUUUGGUGACGAUACCAACUUGCCUACCUGUGCAGGGUGUCAACGAAGGCCAACCAAUAAGGCUACCCAUAAGGAAUUUGUACUGAAACCCUUCAUAAAAAAUCUGGUAUGGUACACUCACACAACUUUCCUUGCUCAUUGAACUGUAAGCCCCAUUCUAAAACGAGAAUAAUUUA